AUUGCUGUGUCCGUCUGUUUGCACUGCUGUUGUAUUCUUGGAUUUAACUCGGAUCACCUGUGUUUUUUGACAGAAUAACCAUUUAUGGCACUGUGCUGGUGUCCCUUGAGCGAGCCUGCCUGUGUCAUGCCCUACAAACAGGGCACUGUGCAUUGCAAGUCUUCUCCUUUAUCCUGUGUUAGCUGGGUGAGCGUUACAGCACAGCCAGUGAGGCCCAGGCUUGGCUCUGCAGCAUGCUGUCCGCAGAGCUGCUAGAGGCGCCUGUGAGAGUGCUCUCUGCUGUGAGAGCAUCCAGAGGGAAGGGCCCAUUAGACAACCCGAAAAGCACGCUGUUGUACCCGACCUGGUCAAGGUUUGUCCAAGGACAAACGCCCUGCGGCAGACAGAGCGCGGCCUUGCCCACUGCAGCCUUGUCCCAGGCCUACCACACCCAUUGUGUUGCCUCAUGACAAAGCCUCCUCUGGGAUUCAGGGCAGAUUAAACCGCCAUUGUGCAGCUGAGUGUUGAAAGCGAGGCUCAUGAACCUCAUCCCUGCUUGGGACUGAUAGCAGAGGUUAUCCAGGUAGGCAUAAACACUCCUGUUCGUCCAGGGAGUGUGCAAGUUGCACUCAAUCAGUGUGCAGGCAUGCAGUAAUUCAGGAUAGCAAAGGAAGGGAAAAGCCUCCUGGAAUGCAGUCCAUGAGCAGGAAAAGGCAUAAUUAAAAUACGCAUAACUAGUUUGUGUUUUUCCCUUAACACGUGAAGUGGUUAGAUGUAAUCCUACAGAUCGCUGAGGACAAUGCAGUGAGAGGGAGAGCUUGAGCUAACCAGAGUUACUAGGGCAGUUCUUAGAAGACUUUUGGUUUUAAAUUAUAAAAAUUGUGAAAUGUUUUUGUUGCUUGGAGCUCACAGUUGAGGAAGUGAGAGUUGUUGCUGAGGUGAAGUAUGUAGCUCUCCUUUGGUCAGUCAGGUUGUUGAUGUCUGUGUUUUACUGAACUGGGCUUUUCCAAUUACCUGCUCUAGUCUGGGCACAUCAGUACCCUUCAGAGAGACCAGUCCUACUUGUCCGAGCUGCCUGUGACCAAGGAGGCUGGACAGUGUUUGGAGCUGUGGAGAGUGGUUUAGUGCAAGAGGCGUGUUUGGCAGGUCUGUGAAAAUUACGAUUGUUCUCAUCGAUCAUAGUCACUUCUUGGAGAGGCAGAGAUGGGCUUUUCUGGCAGAAAUGAAGGGAUCUACUCUAUUGGAGGCAACAGCUUGCCUGCUCUUUCAGUCUGUGUUUGCUCAGUGCUUGUGCCUGGCCAGCUCUGGACUUGUGCCCCGCGGCUCCGGCCAGCAAUCCUAGGCCUCGCACCGGCAGUGGGCUGCCUUGCUUCCAAGGCUGUGCACAGCCAGGCUGAAUGGAGAGUGAUUAGCACAGCCCUCAGGCUUACAGGGCCUGGGAUCAAAGGCCUCCCGCUGGCAGUCACUGAUGAGGAGCAUCAUCCAUUAUCUUUGUGUCUGAUCGAUGCCUAAUCUCAGCACUAGCUGUUCCCGAAGUUCCUCUGCUGGAUGGCAGGGACUGAGGGAUAGGGAGGACCAGGGGAGUAACAUUAGCAGAGCAGGGACUGGUCUCCGCACUCUGAACUCUAGUGCAGCAUCCUGAGGGUGAAUAUCCUCCUGGAAGUCAUGUAAGACCUACAUUGUGAAGGGAACACUACAUUCACACAUGGUAUUUUGUUUUGCUCACCUUUGUUUUGCUGUUUUUUUUUUCUUCUGCUCUGUCAGAUUCCCUCUAAAACUGUGCCUUUGCCUGCACAAUUAUGCCCACAGGUAAUAGGAAACCCGGAUUUCAAAAGAAAACCUGAUGCCAUUGCUAGAUAAUAGCAGUUUCCUAAAUAAAUGUGUGGUUGCCCCGGGGGUUAGGUUGUUACCAGAUGCACCUUUUCUUGAUUGGUGAGAGCAGGAGAUGACGCUUCCUGGCAUAUAAGUGCAAGAGAAAACACGGGAGCACAGAUAAGCAGAGCAAGCAAGCCACCUGGAAAGAAGACCUGAGAAGGUGUUAAAGCAGCUGCCUGCCAUGGCAUUUGGAAUGCUAAUCUAUAUUUUACUCAAAGCAAUGGGGGCACUGAGUGAAGAGUCAGCUAUUACUGCUUCAUCCCUCAGCACUGACUUAUGGAAUAAUUGGACAAAAAACAACACUGAAGUAGAUUAUACGGAGCAGCCAAAGCUCUUGAAGCUGAUGCAGACCUGCCUUGAGGAACACCACAGCUAUUGUAUCAAUGGGCUCUGUGCCUUCCACAGUGAACUGAGGAAACCCAUAUGCAAGUGCCUUGCAGGUUAUAAUGGAGAGAGGUGUGAACAUUUAACACUAAAUUCUUAUGCACAUAAUUCUUACGAGCGCUACAUUGCUGUGGGAAUUGGUGUAGGAAUACUGACCAGUGGAAUACUCGCCAUCAUCUACUGCUAUGUAAGAAAGAGAUGCAGGAAACUGAGAUCCCCCUACAAGGUGUGCGUGGGCGAGACGGCGCUGUGAAGCCCUGGCGCUGGGCACUCACCAGUUUGCCUGCUGAGGAGGAAGGGCCCCGGCCUGGCUGAGGAGACGGACUCCAGGGAACUCCAAGGAGUGUGCCAAGGGAGUCCUGCAGGACUGACAGGCUCUGUGUGCUGUUGAGACUUCCUCUCCUGGGUGAGGGUGGCUCGUGCUCAGGUCCCAGCAGCUGAGGACACUGGCAGGCCUCUCAGCACCGUGCUGUGCCUGGUCUUCACCGUGGGGAGGACUGGUUGGUUUAGGUGUGUUCAGUCAUUUCAAGCACUUGUGCAGUGUUCUGAUUUGGUCUUUUGUGUGUUUUGUUUGGUUUUCUUUUCUUCUUUUUUCUCCUCUGGAGGAUAAGCACCACCUCUCUCACAGUGUAGCUGUGUUCUGGACAUCGUGCACUGACCACAAACCAUUUGACUUCUGAUUUUGGUGUCUGUUGGUUGUGUGUGUGGAUAAGCAGCCCUUCCCUGACCCUGACCUUUGAUGUGCUGAGCCAAGUAUGGGUUUCUGGUGCCAUAAAGGACAAAAAAUGCUGUGGACUGAGGAAAAUGUCUGGUUCUCAAAACCUUCCUUAAGUUAGAAUAUAGAGAGUAGGCAAUUCCUGGAAAAUUAGACCACGACAUCUCCAGGCAUGGCGUGUUCUUAUUGUUUUCAUAAGCAAAGCAACCAGAUGCCUUUCUCAAAAUGGAUUAUGGAGUGUGCUUGUGACAAAGAAGACUUCUUCUCAAACAUCCUGUAGCAGCUCCUCACUUCCAUGGAAUUUCAGGCAGAACGUUGCCUUGCUGCACCCUGAUUUCUGCACAAGACUUGAAUUACUAGAGAAGCUGGAAUUGUGUUGUGAAACUUCACUACACCUUUUCCCAGGAAACAGACUUUGUCUAGUCCAUUUGCACACUAUGGGCACAGUGUGACCACUCAAAUAAGAGACAUUAUUUUAGGGAUUCAGUUCCACCCUGGACUAACAGAUUCCAUGUCGGAUACUUGGUUCUAUUCAUCUUAUCUACAGAGAAUUGGGAAGGUACGAAGAUCCGGCUCAAGGAAAAGGGAAGAAAAUUGCUUCUGAAGAUGGUGGCACUAACUGGGACUUCUCACUGACAGCUGGAGUGUUCGCCAGUGCUGAUGUGACUAGAGAUGGCUCUCAGAGAUUUUCAUUUCAGCUGUUGCACACUGUAGACUCAUCUCCUGUGCUCAGCCAUCUACCAGAGAAAAGACAGUUGUACUUUGAGAUCUUGUGGGAUAAUAUUGGCUCCUAAAUUCAGGUGCCCUGCUGAAAGCUCAGUUUUUUUGUUUUGUGAGUCAAUUUUCACAACAAGGAUGCAUGUUGUUUGUGGAAAAACCCGUGUAUUUGUGGUGACAAUGCCGAAAUGUGUAUGAAAGGUGGGGUUUGAAAGGGUAAAGGUGCAUGUGGCACUUGAAUGGCCUGAACUUCAGGGGGCUUCUCAUGUGGGGAUCCUGAUCAGUAGCUGAGCCAGCUUGGCUUUGUGAUGCCAGUAAAUAAAACAGCACAUCACACACAGCUCGGAGUCCCGUGUAACACAGGGAGCAGGCAGCAUAUGCACACGCAAAAAGGACUGCUGGUGAGGAGUGGAUGGACACCAAUCAUCUCCUCUGUACAUUGACACUAACAUUUUCCAAGGCUCAGCCUUUUUGUCUUCUUCAUCUCCAGUCACAUCUUCCUAUCUUUGCACUGUUUGCUCCUUUCAGUUCUUCUGACCUCUUUGUAGGUUCUACUGCCAGAUAACUUGUGCUCUUCAAGUCAGCUUUCAGUAGUGGCCCUAACAUUUUCUGUCACGUGUGUGGUGAGAGGGCAAUUAAGUGUAAAUUGCAGUCUGCGCAUCCUCACAAACAAAAAACACCCUUCACCCAUCUCACAUGGAAAUUGAAAAUGUGCAUGCUAUUAGGAAAACACAGGUGAGAGAUCUUUCUCACUGGUCUCUAGAGAAAACUGUAGAGCUGAAUAGCCAAAAGAUGAAAAGCCUUAGAGUUUUUGUCAUGUGAGUGAAUCUCCCUUUCACUAGUGAGUUCUCUUCCUGCACUCACACUGCUGGUGUUGGAUUCACUUCCCAAGGACCAGCCCUUCUCCAUCUGCAGGAUAUGCAAGUGCCUCUUCAGUGGUAUUUACUCAUUGCAGUGAGCCUUUUUAUACCUACAGCAACGUGCACUGACUUAAUUUUUUCAAUGUUUGGUUACACAAGUGAAAAGGAAGGUCUACUCAAGAGCCACAAUUUAGCAGGACACUACACAGUGAAAUAUGUUUUUCUAGUUGGCUCUCAAGUCCAAGGCAGCUUUGGAAGUGAGAGUUUGCUGAUAUUUUUCUGCUAGUGGAAGAAAAACUGGAGAGUGAAACACCAAAUAAGCCUGUGCUGUGCAAACUGAGAUGUUGUGUCAGGGCAGAUGGGAAUAAAAUGGAAAGAUGAAGAUGAGAAGGAAGGAAGGACAAGAUGAUGCUUGUUUUAUUUUAGUUUUCUUUUUCCAAGUGGUGUCACUGCUCCCAGCGCUGGGUUCCUCCUGCUGGGUGCUGUGUGCCAUCCUGCAGCAGCACAGGCUCAGAGCAGCCCCAGCUGAGUGCGAGGCAUACAUGGCUGCGUGGCUGACUCACGGUGCCCUUUGGCUCAGGGACUCUGCAUGGCCUCGGAUCCCUUCCUGCAGCCAGCCCUGCU